UUACAGCACAUCUCAGCUUACCACUACACGCUUUUCACCACGCCUCCUCUAACGAGAAAGAGGAAGGCGGCCGAGGCGGCGAACAACACCACCGCCGCCACCGAGCCUCCCGUCGCCGUCGGUACGCAAAACGCCACCUCCAGACGCUCGUCUCCCAGCUCCGCAAAGGUCCGCAAAGUCGAACCGGUUAAGAAAGAAUCAGACUCGGACUCGUCGUCUGUUAGGAAAAUCCCGGUUUCUGAUAAGGAUAAGAAGAAGGGGUACGAUUUGGCUACGCCUGCGACCACCAGCAUGGAUUCGGACGAUGAUUUCAUGAGCGAUGCGUCCUCGAACGCGGACUUCCUAGAUGACCAAGGAAGCGAUAUUGAAAGCAUGGAUGGUAUGUUGCAAGCGUAUAUCUUAUAUAUGUCAUAUUUCCCCCAUACUGACGUUGCUGCGUUUCCUAGAUUUCGGUGAUGAUAUCGACGUGGGAUUUUCCCAAGACAAGGACAUUAUCGGGCAGACGAAAAAGCCAUACGAAGUAGACCAUAAGGUCUUAGAUCCGGGGGACAUCGAGCGGGAGCAGAAUGUACAGAUUAACGAGGUCUCGUCGAUCUUGGGCCUGCCACCGGAGUCGUGCGCUAUUCUAUUGCGAUAUGGGCGAUGGAAUCGGGAGAAGGUGAUCGAAUCUUACAUGGACCGCCCUGAGAAGACACUGGAAGAUGCGGGUCUUGGGACAAAUUUCGAUAAUGCAGCAAAGACGGAGGCGGUAUCGGGAUUCAUGUGCGACAUUUGCUGCGAGGAUGGAGAUGACCUGGAAACGUAUGCGAUGCGAUGCGGGCACCGCUUUUGCGUGGAUUGCUAUCGACAUUACUUGGGCCAGAAGAUUCGUGAAGAAGGGGAGGCAGCAAGGAUCGAGUGUCCGGGAGAUAGCUGCCAUAUGAUUGUGGAUUCGAAGAGCUUGAGCUUGCUUGUUACAGAGGAUCUCAAGGAUAGGUAUCAUACGCUCCUGACCCGGACUUAUGUCGACGACAAGGAGAAUCUCAGAUGGUGCCCGGCUCCGAACUGCGAAUAUGCGGUUGAUUGUCCGAUCAGACAACGGGAACUCAACCGUAUCGUGCCCACCGUGCAAUGCGGGUGCAAGCAUAAUUUCUGCUUUGGCUGUACGCUCAACGACCACCAACCAACACCUUGUGCGUUGGUGAAGAAGUGGCUCAAGAAAUGUGAAGAUGAUUCGGAAACGGCCAACUGGAUCUCCGCCAACACCAAGGAGUGCCCCAAAUGUUACUCGACUAUCGAGAAGAACGGUGGUUGCAAUCAUAUGACAUGCCGCAAAUGCAAACACGAAUUUUGCUGGAUGUGCAUGGGUCUCUGGUCAGAGCACGGCACGAGUUGGUACAACUGCAGCCGAUUCGAAGAGAAGUCUGGAUCUGAGGCUCGCACAGAGCAGGCCCGGUCACGCGCAUCGUUGGAACGGUAUCUACACUAUUAUAACCGAUACGCCAACCACGAGCAAUCUGCGAAGCUGGAUCGGGAUCUGUAUCUGAAGACCGAGAAAAAGAUGACCAGUCUUCAGUCGCAGUCGGGUCUCUCGUGGAUUGAAGUGCAGUUCCUCGAUACUGCGUCGCAAGCUCUCCAACAGUGCCGACAGACACUGAAGUGGACCUACGCAUUUGCCUAUUACCUUGCCCGGAACAACCUCACGGAGAUCUUCGAGGACAACCAGAAGGACCUGGAACUGGCAGUGGAGAAUCUGAGUGAGAUGUUCGAGAAGCCGGUGCCGGAGCUGGCGAAUCUCAAGGUGGACAUCUUGGACAAGACGGCGUAUUGUAACAAGCGCCGGGUGAUCCUGUUAAGUGACACCGCGGAAAACCUGAAAGAUGGCGAGUGGUCCUUCAACGUGGAAUGGUGAUAAACGCCUGCCAUCGGCCUACUUUAUAUCCCCCGCUUAUAGGCGGAAAAGAUUUUCUUCUCAUGAUGUGAAUGACAUUUUCAGCGUAUAUGAUUCUUGCAUUUCGGAUCAAUCUUGUCCGUUUUCCCGAUUCGCGAAUUGGACUUGAAUGUAUUC